AUGGCAAACAACGAUAACGCCCACCCAAGCUCCGACGACGAGCUAUUCGUAUCAACAGCAACGGAGCCCAUGGCGUAUACCUUUCAAUCUGAUCUCUCUGACGACGAGAUCGAGAUUGCUACCGCACAGCCAGCGCCCAAACCAAUAUCACCGGCCGCAUCCAUCGCCGAUCGGUCCAGGGCGUUUCCUGACUCCGAUGCUGCCAUACCGGACCCUCAGCGCUUGAUUCCUUCUCCCGCGGUGGCUGAAGAUGACGACCCUGCUUUGUUCCUCGAGCAAGCCGCGGCAGCUCUCGCCGCAGUGACGAAAGCAGACACCUCGACCAAACCCAAGAAGCGAGAGUCGGAGUCACUAGCAAGUUGGCGUGGAAGUGUCAAUGCUUUGGCGAACGGGGUAACAGACCACAAUAUAGCUGGCACUAGGCGUGUCGACAUCGAGGUCGCUUUGCCCUGGCUCCCCCCAUCGGAGCGAGCAGCAUUUACCUACGUUGAGGUUGAGGAUUCGGAUGAGGGGACCAAACACUAUGAUACCCGUAGGCGAAGGAAUAAGAAAUUGUCUGGUGUUCAUUAUCGCGACCACAUCUUGAUCGUUGCAUACUCUACAAACCCCUCAUCUGCCUUACCACAUUACGAGCUUCGUUCAAGAUAUUGCUUUGCAGCCCAGGAAGCACCCGCUUACGAUGAUUACCGGUUCGAUGACGAACUCGAGGGGCUCGGCCUGCGCAAGCGCAAGAGACGGUAUGAAGACGACGAAGAACUCUACGAGGAAAACUCCGAUGAUGAUUACGGUGGUCGUCACUCGCUUCAUGACUAUGGCUUUGUCAACGGUGCCAAGCGCAGCACGCGUACCAGCGCCCGCGCUUCUAGUGAAAGAAGCAUAGCCUAUGAAAGUGGCACAGAAUCGCGAGCGUUGAGGCCCCGCUCAGCGAAGAAAUACCGAGAUCAUGACAGGGACGAACUCCAAAACUCGGACGAUGACGAUGGUUUUUUCGUUGUCACCUCCGACAUCAUCAAGACCAGAGGCAGGAAAAAACGGAAAUCUACUGCGAAGCUCAAGAGGUCAAUGGCAGACGGCGAUUCAGAUAUCGAGUUCGAGUCAAAGCGGCGUUCCUCUCGAGCCAACAAAUCCAGGAAAAGCAUGAAGGAGAUUUUCGACGACGAUGAUGACGACGACAUCUUCUAUGUUCAGGACACAAAACCCACAGCACCUCGGAUUGCCAGCGUCCGAGAGGUCUUCAAGCCGGCCCCGGUGGACUUUAAGGAUGCCCACCGUCCGAAGAAAACACCCAAACAAGAAGAAAAGCUGCGCGAGGAAAAUGAUGGAGUAGAUCCGAUUACGCCGGUAGACCCGAAACUGGUCAACAAUCCUCAAAAUGUCUUGUUUCGUUGCAGCAAAUGCCACAGAGGCUGGCAUUAUGAACACUUGCCUCACCCUAACGAUACCCGUGAUCCAGCCAUCAGCGAUCCUCUCAAUCUGCGCAAUCACCGUCUCCAAGAGUAUCAAACGACGUGGCGAUGCAAAGAGUGCAUUGAUACGGAGGACCUCAAGAUUGAUAAGGUGGUGGCGUGGAAACCAACUCAUAUUAAGCCCAGCCAAUACGUCAGAGGUCAGACCAUCCUCAACUUCAAGGAGGAUGAAAUCGAGUACUUGGUCAAGUGGGAGAACAAGUCCUAUGCGCAUUGCGUCUGGAUGCCUGGUCCAUGGAUUUACGGUGUCAGCAAGGGAAACAUGCGUCUUUCUUUCAUCAAGAGGGCCCUCGGAGAGGGCAUGGAAGACCAGGCAAGUAGGGAUGAGCCUGCUGACGCACUCCUCAAAUGGACUGAAAAAGAUGCCAUUCACGACUCAUGGUUGACCCCCGAUAUCAUCCUCGAUGUGCAAUAUGCUGCCAAGUCGAUCGAAGACACAAAGAAGUACAAGGCAAUGUCGCUUGCCGACAGGAUGGAGUACGAUUUGAGCCGGAUCUUUCACGUGGUUAAGAUCUUCGUCAAAUUUGAAGGGUUGGGCUACGAUGACGCUGUCUGGGACACUCCACCUCCUGCGGACUCUUCCAUGUAUGACGCCUAUCUUGAGGCCUAUCGGGAAUUUCUGAACGGCAAGCACUUCAAGUCAGAGCCAUGGCGUAAUCAGAAGGAACGUAUUGAAGCCUUCAGGCAGAUGGGGUUCAACGGUGCCAUUGAGGUCAAAAAACAACCGCCCGGACUUACUCGUGGCAAGCUGAUGACCUAUCAGCUUGAGGGUCUCAACUGGAUGCUCUACAAUUUCCGCCAUGACCGCAGCGUUAUUCUUGCCGAUGAAAUGGGUCUUGGAAAGACUGUUCAGGUGGUUGCUUUGCUCUCCAGCAUGAUCCAGGAUAACCCCAAAAUCUGGCCAUUCUUGAUUGUUGUUCCCAACGCAACGUGCGCCAACUGGCGUCGUGAAAUCAAGAAAUGGGCCCCUGAUCUUCGGGUAGUGGCCUACUAUGGCGGGCGGGUUUCCCAAACUUUGGCUCUUCAAUAUGAGCUGUUUCCGGGUGGGACUAAGGACAUGAAGGCGCACGUUGUCAUCAUGUCUUACGACUCCCUCAAAGACACUGACACUCGUAGUCGGUUCAGCUCCGUCAAAUGGGCUGGUCUUAUCGUUGACGAGGCGCAAGCACUGAAGAAUGACGAGAACAGUCUUUACAAAGCACUCUCAGUCAUGAAUAUCCCCUUCAAGCUUCUGCUCACGGGCACACCGUUGCAGAACAAUAAGCGAGAGCUUUUCAAUCUCUUGCAGUUUAUUGACCCGAAGCUAAAAGCGGAGGAACUUGACGAGGAAUUCAAGGAUAUCACCAAGGAAAAUCUUCCGAAGCUUCAUGAGCUGAUCAGGCCAUACUUCCUUCGGCGUACCAAGGCCAUGGUACUCACCUUCCUGCCGCCGAUGGCCCAGAUCAUUUUACCAGUGAGCAUGACGGUCUUGCAGGAAAAGCUCUGCAAGUCGAUCAUGGAGCGCAAUCCCCAGCUCAUCCGCGCGAUUUUCUCCGCCAACGGAAAGCUGAAAUCACAGGACCGUGGCUCGUUGAGCAACAUUCUCAUGCAGCUUCGCAAGUGUCUUUGCCAUCCCUUCGUCUACAGUCAGUCGAUCGAAGAUCGGAACUUGUCACCAGAAGUCACCAAGCGAAACCUUAUCGAGGCCUCCUCCAAGCUUCUGUUGCUUGAAGUCAUGCUACCUAAACUGAGGGAGCGUGGACACAGAGUUUUGAUAUUCAGUCAGUUCCUCGACCAGUUGACAAUCCUUGAAGACUUCCUCGCGGGUAUGGACCUUCCGUAUCAACGACUUGAUGGAAGUCAAUCUAGUAUGGAAAAGCAGAAAAGGAUCGAUGCCUUCAAUGCACCGGACUCCCAAUUAUUCUGCAUGCUGCUGUCAACCCGUGCUGGUGGUGUCGGUAUCAACCUUGCGACUGCCGACACUGUCAUUAUCCUCGAUCCCGAUUGGAAUCCGCAUCAGGAUAUCCAGGCGCUUUCGAGAGCUCAUCGUAUCGGUCAACAGAAGAAAGUGCUCUGCUUCCAGCUCAUGACCGUCGACUCUGCCGAGGAGAAGAUUCUGCAGAUUGGUCGUAAAAAGAUGGCUCUUGAUCAUCUGCUGAUUGAGACCAUGGACGACAAGGAAGGCGAGGCUGCUAAUGAUGUGGAGACGGUGCUUAAACACGGAGCUGCUGCUUUGUUUGGCGAGGGACGCAAGAAGGACAGAAUCGUAUAUGAUGAAGCGGCAAUCGAUAAGCUUCUCGAUCGUUCAGCCAAGGAAGAAACGAAGCAAGAUGGCGACAAGUCUGCCGAGUCUGCUUUUGCUUUUGCCCGCGUUUGGGCACAAGAUGAGGGAGGGCUGAAGGAUGACGUGGAGACGGAACAAAAAGCAUUAACCAUGAGUGUUUGGGACCAGAUUCUUCAGCAACGAGAAGAAGAGGCACGCCUCGAGAGGGAGAAGGAACUGCAGGCCUUGGGACGUGGUGGCCGACGACGUGGAACGGCGAACUACCGCGGACCCAAGUUCGAGUUUGAAGAAGGUCAGGAAGGAGGUGAGAGUGACCGUGGUGACCAGGACGGUGACUUCAUGGGCGGUGAUGACAGCGAUGGGGAAACAACCGGUAAUGAAAAUGGGAACAGCCCCCACGGUGAGUUCUUACCCAACGGAGGCAGCUCACGCAAGUCACAGGCAAGGAAUGCGCAACAAGCAGACGCCCAAGACAGCUCGGACCCCCGGCACCCCCAGCAAACCCGCUCGAGGCAAGGCUCCCAAAACCAACUCGUCGUCCAAAUUGCGCCCGCUCCCGGACCAGCAGCCCCAAACCCAAAAGGCCGCCCACCUAAGCCCCCCCGACCUAGCAGCCACAACCAAGAACUCCACCGAAUUGCCGACUUUAACACCCCCCAAGUUCAAAUCCCCGCUUCCGGCGGCCUUGCCAUGCCCUCCCAUGCCAUCGGCGGUGACCUUGCCGUUCACCCCAGGCCCGUCCCUUCCACUCACCGACCAAACGGCAACCCCAACGGGGCAUCCAAACUAACCUCCAACACCCCUAUUCUCGUCCCCAGACCAGGAGCCGGAGUUGGAACUGGAGCCAGAAUUCGGCCACCAUCUCUUAACGGUCUUCCCAAUCUGAACCCUAACCGACAGCCUAACAACCUCCCCUCAGACGUCACUAAACAGCCCAAACCCGGUAUUCUCUGGUCUAACCAAGGCCCACCCGUACCACCAGGUGUUCCGCACACUUCCUGCUUCGUCUGCGGCUUCGUACACCCUCCUACGUGGAUGUGUCCCGAGAUGAGCCAAGAGGUUCCUCUUCGGCUGGCGCUGGAUAAUCUUAGGCUCAUACCACACCAGACUCCGGAGAGAAUGGAAAUUAAGCGUAAAUUCUUGCUCGAGAUGUUGAGGGUCGUGCAGCAGAGGAAGGAAGAAGCUAUAAGGGCGAAACAGCGGCAGCAGUCGGGUCAACAGACUCAGGAGGGUCAGCAGAGCCAGCAUGGCCAGCAGAGCCAGCAUGGCCAGCAGGGCCAGCAGGGCCAACAGGGCCAGCAGAGGCAAGGAGGACAAGAACCACCGCAGGUUCCCCCAUCAUAG